CUUGUGAAGAGGGACAGUCCAUUUCUAACCGCCGCCAUUUUGCGGCAGUGGUCCGUGGUUAUAAGAGCAAGAGGCGCCUGGCGGGCCUCUGUUCACCAACGGCAGAUCUCAGUUCUGGUCCGUAUGAGAUGAGCUACGGCCGUCCUCCGCCAGACGUAGAGGGAAUGACGUCCCUCAAAGUAGAUAAUCUCACUUACCGCACAUCUCCAGAGACCCUCCGCAGAGUUUUCGAGAAAUAUGGCCGAGUAGGGGAUGUUUAUAUACCACGCGAUCGUUACACCAAAGAGAGCCGUGGCUUCGCUUUUGUUCGCUUCCACGAUAAGAGGGAUGCCGAAGACGCAAUGGACGCCAUGGAUGGGGCCGUGCUAGAUGGCCGAGAACUGCGGGUACAAAUGGCGCGGUACGGGCGGCCUCCAGAUUCCCAUCACAGCCGCAGAGGGCCACCGCCAAGAAGAUAUGGAGGGAGUGAUUAUGGCGGUCGGCGGAGCAGGAGCCCAAGAAGGCGUCGGCGUAGCAGAUCAAGAAGCAAGAGCAGAUCACGAUCUCGGAGCAGGUCUAGAUACAGCCGUUCAAAGUCCCGCUCCAGGACAAGAUCACGAUCCCGUUCCACUUCAAAGUCUCGUUCAGCCCGCAGAUCAAAGUCCAAGUCUUCCUCUGCGUCCAGGUCAAGAUCCCGCUCCAGGUCAAGAUCUAGGUCCAGGAAUUCACCUCCUCCUCCGCCGCCGCCUCCUGCACGGAACUCAAAAUCACGAUCCAAGUCUAAAAGUCCUCCCAAGUCUCCAGAAGAGGAAGGAGCAGUGUCUUCAUAAAAUGAAGAGUCUUCAGAAGGAAUUCUACAUGCUGGACAUUGGUGUGAUAAUCGUUCACUAGUCCUUCCACUCACGGAAAGCCCCUUGGAGCAAGAAACAGCCUACCGAAAAGGUGGUUAUUUGUAAUUUGUUAGACUUUUUACCUGUUUAAGUUCAGCCUUGAGGCAGACUUUGCAUUUUAUGUGCCAUUUUGUUGCUGUUAUUCAAAUUUCUUGUAAUUUAGUGAAGUGAACGACUACAGAUUUCAUUAUUGGCUUGGAUUUUUGAGGUAAUUCAUUUUGUCUAAAAUCUGAAACCUGGAAAAGGAGUGCGUAUCUCCGGUUUCUAUAACUAAUGGCAUGCCCUAGACCUGAAAUUAAACCAGAGACAUCACAAUUUCCUUGCUGAAUACCUUGUAUUUGUCAUAUGUAAAUUGUCUUAAAUGUACUUUCAUUUUAGUAAGAAUGGUAUCUGAUCACCCAAAUUUCUUACAAAUGUUCAUGUAACGAUUUUGCAAGGGAGUGUUUUUAUUUGAUUAUCAUCCUAAUUUCUUCUCUUAUGUAUUUUUGUGCACUAGGCGCAGUUGUGUAGCAGUUGAGUAAUGCUGGUUAGCUGUUAAGGUGGCGUGUUGCAGUGCAGAGUGCUUGGCUGUUUCCUGUUUUCUCCUGAUUGCUCCUGUGUAACGAUGCCUUGUCGUGCAGCAAAAGCAAAUGGCUGUCCAGUUUGUUAGAAUGUCUGACAACUGCACUUCCAGUCACCCGGGUCUUGCAUAAAAAUAAUGGAGCAUACAGUGAGCACAUCUAGCUGAUAAAACACCUUUUUCAGAAUCUGGUAAAUAUGAGCAUCUUUAUAUUGUCUAAAGCAGGUGUCAUUCCAAUGUAUGUGUUUAAUAUAUCUGGCUCUAACAUUCUGUACUAUAACCACUGUACUAUGGUUAAUAAACUUUUUUUUUCUCAA